CGAGUUUACACUGAAACACUGCAAGGGAACCUAUACCGUAUUGGAUUACUGAUUUGCCAAGGACGCUCUGUAAACCUUGAUUCGGGAAUAUACUCAUUGGAGAUUAUCCUUGUGGAUUAAUUAUACAAUCAACGAAUUUCAAUAUGACUCUGGAAGAACUGGGAUGCAAUAUCACUGAGAAAAAGAUGGAGACUGUGAGUCAAGCACUAGAAGAGCUGCUGGUGGCAGCGCAGCAACAAGACUGUCUGACUUUGGGAGUCUACGAGUCUGCAAAACUGAUGAAUGUAGAUCCUGAUAGUGUAGUCUUGUGUGUUCUGGCGACGGAUGAGGAAGACGAGGAUGACAUCGCACUGCAGAUUCACUUCACGCUCAUCCAAGCCUUCUGCUGCGACAACGACAUCAACAUACUGAGAGUCUCGGGCAUCAGGCGCCUCGCUCAGGUUCUUGGCGAGCCAAGCACCGUUGACAGCAACGGCAACGAGCCCAAAGAUCUGCACUGCAUCCUUGUCACUAACACCCAGUGCCAAUCUCUGAAAUGCCAAGCGUUACAGGACGUGGGCAACUACUGCGAGGAGAGCCGCUGCAAGAACCAGUGGGUGCCUUAUCUGGCCCUGCAGGAGCGCUGAACUAACGACGCUCGCUGAGAAACGUGAAAGUAAACAAGUCGUGUAACUAAACAAGUCGUCAUUCUUCAAGAAUGAGAAAGGCAUUCAAGGGGCAUUAUCGAUAGGCCUGUGUCUGCCUACCCCUUGCCGCUACCUAGUGACGGAGCUGGGAAUGCGCAUGUUCCAAGGGACAAUGCACAUGCAUCCA